AUGCGAAAUAUAUGGGUUAAAAACCUGAAGUGUUUUCGUACUAUAAUUUCUUAUCAAAACAGCGUUUACACAAGUAAGAUAUUUAAUCAAACAAGAUCUUUAAAAUCAGUUACCAUAACAAAUACAAAUGGUAAUAAUUUUUAUGCUCGACAUAAAAGAAGUAUUCAAUUAUUCGGUAUCAGUUCCACUUUAAUGAUUGUAUAUAAUACAAAUCAAACUGCUCAUGACUCGGCUCAGUAUUUAAUUUUUUCAACUAAAAGAAUUACCAUCGUUGGACAAGCAACUUUAAGAUGUUUUUAUAAUUAUAAGAAGGUUUUAAGCCAAACAUUUAAAGAUAGUGAAUUAAGAAAUAUCGAAUUAGAGGGCUGUCAUAAGAGGUGUGCUUUGAUAACAUUACAUGCGUUACAAGCUAAUGGUGGUAUAUUUAUUAAGUUAGGCCAACAUAUUGGUGCAAUGACAUAUUUACUACCAAGACAAUGGACAGAGACUAUGAUUCCGUUACAAGAUCAAUGUCCUGAAUCAUCAUUUACUAGUAUUGAGGACAUGUUUGUUGAAGAUAUGGGAGUUAGGAUGGAAGAUUUGUUUGAAUGUGUUGAUCCUAACCCUAUUGGUGUAGCAUCAUUAGCACAAGUUUAUACAGGAAAAUUAAAGGAGACUGGAGAUAAAGUGGCUAUAAAAUGUCAACAUCCUUCCUUAAAAGAAUACAUUCCUGUGGAUGUUUGGUUAACUAAAACUGUAUUUUGGUUAUUGGAUAAGGUGUUUCCUGAAUAUCCUUUAACAUGGUUAGGGGACGAGUUGCAAUCUUCUAUUUAUAACGAGUUAGAUUUUUGUAAAGAAGCUCAGAAUGCAAAAAAUACGGCAGCUUAUUUUAAAAACUUUGAGAAAUUAACUGCAUUAAGAAUUCCUAAAGUUAUCAAAGCUGAUAAGCGAAUUUUAAUUAUGGAAUAUGUGGAAGGAAAAAGACUAGAUGAUUUGGAUUAUAUUGACAAAAAUAAAAUUUCCAGAUCUGAAGUGUCUUCAUGUCUUUCUCAUAUUUUCAAUAAUAUGAUUUUUACACCAAAUGUUGGAUUACAUUGUGACCCACAUGGUGGUAACUUGGCUAUACGGGCUCUUCCAAAUAAGUCUGCCACAGGUCAUAAUUUCGAAAUUAUUUUGUUUGAUCAUGGAUUAUACCGUUUUCCCGAUACAGAGACCAGGAGGCAGUAUGCAAAAUUUUGGUUAGCUUUAUUAGACAAAGAUAAAGAAGAAAUGAAGAAAUAUGCAAGACAGUUUGCACAUAUAACUGAUGAGGAAUUUCCUUUAUUUGCAGCUGCAAUUAGUGGGCGUAGCAUAGAAUUUGCUUUAAAUUAUGAUAUUUCAAAAAGAAGAAGUAAUGAGGAAAUAAGUCAAAUGACAAAAGGACUUCUUGAAGGCUCACUCCUAACUGAUCUUAUGGGUAUUCUUUCACAUAUACCAAGAAUUGUGUUACUAAUAUUAAAGACUAAUGAUUUAACAAGACACUUAGAUGAAUGUUUACAGAAUCCAUUAGGACCUGAAAGAACAUUUUUAAUUAUGACCCAAUAUUGUGCCAAAACUGUAUUUGAUGAAGAGAUUGAAAUUCUAAAUAAAGAAUAUAUAAAGGAGAAGAAAAGUAAAUGGUCUGUUUCGUGGAUAUGGCAAUACAUAAAGUAUUGGGUCUCUUAUCAAAAACGUGUGAAUCAAUUAGUAUUAUACGACACAGUUAUAUGGUAUCAGAAUCAUGUAAAUCGUAUUUUCAAAUGGUUUACUUUUUGA